AUGCCCCCCGCCCUCCAUAUCUCCGGAUUAUGUGAAGUUUGCGAUCAACCAGCAUUCGGAAAACACUUUGGAGUUUUGAGCUGUCGCGCCUGUGCCGCAUUUUUCCGGCGGUCGGGAAACUGGUUGAAACAGAAAAAAUGUGACAAGGAGAACUGCAAAAUAUUUGAAGAAUCGUAUAAAUGCAAAAUUUGUCGUCUUAAAAAAUGCUACAAAGUUGGAAUGGAUGUGAGCAAAUUCCAAAAGAAUCGAGACCUGCUAUCGAACUCCUCAAAUUAUUCUCAACGGAGCAAGAUUGCAACACCACAAAGUCUUGCCAAUUUUUUGGGACGUCCAGAAUUUAUUUUGUGUUUCGAACCGGACCGGGCAUCGAGCACAAAAACUAUUAUAGAUGUUAGCUAUCUCUUAGAAAAAGUGUCACGAAUUUUUCAACAUGACCCUUCUUAUCUAGGCCCGUACGAAAUUAAAUCCAGCCUGGAAAGGGUCACAUAUGCCAUGGAAGCUAUGAAAUCCAAGAAAAUAAACAAUACCCUAGAAGUUUGCAAAGUGAUUGGAAAACGAGAAGCUCUCCUUUUCUGGGAGCUCACUUUCAUCGGAAGUGCUCAUUGGCUGGCCGAGUUUGAAGAAUUCAGAAAUCUAGAAAUGGAUGUGAAGCUGGACAUUCAAAAAUCCGUCUGGACUAUUUGGAUGAGGCUGGCAGCGUUAGCUGAAACAUCAGCGUAUAACAGGAUGAAUGUGCUAAAAUCGGAAGAAGAAGAAAAUGGACUAUUUGUGUGUUCUGGAGGAGCUAGAGUGAACAUGAAAGAGAUCAAAAUGGAUUUGUCCUGGUGUACAAAUUAUUCAACUGAGGAGAUAGCGAGAUUUAUGGGCCCCGAUGUCGGUGCGAACUGGAAUAGUCUUCUAGAUGAUCUCACGAAACUCAACCCAACCAACACUGAACUCAACUACAUGCUUCUCCACAUCUGCCUUCACGAUGCUGGCAAAAAGUACCAAGGAAAAGUUCUAGAAGCCACCGAAAAGCUACUCGGAAUUCUGGCUGACAACUUGCACGCCUACUAUUUGAACAAGAUGAGAAUGACAAAUUAUUCUGGACGAAUUGCACAAAUGAUGAAGAUCAACCGAAUGAUCGAAGUGGAAUUGAGAGAUCGUAGGGAGAAAAAUUAUUUGGCGAAUCUUUUCGAUGUGUAUAAAAUCGAGUGGUCUCAUCCGGAAAUGUUUGAAUUGAUUUGA